AGCGGAAGUGACGUCACUUCCGGGUCCUACCGCCUGCCGGGAUCGAGGCGGAGCGGAGCGGCGCGGGGCCGCCAUGUCGACGUCGCUGGGCUCCAACACUUACAACCGGCAGAACUGGGAGGAUGCGGACUUCCCUAUUCUGUGCCAGACGUGUCUUGGAGAAAACCCGUACAUUCGCAUGACCAAAGAGAAAUAUGGAAAAGAAUGCAAGAUUUGUGCCAGGCCUUUCACAGUGUUCCGCUGGUGUCCUGGUGUUCGGAUGCGUUUCAAGAAGACAGAAGUGUGCCAGACCUGCAGCAAGUUGAAGAAUGUCUGUCAAACCUGUCUGCUUGACCUGGAAUAUGGUUUGCCUAUUCAAGUCCGGGAUGCAGGACUGUCCCUUAAGGAUGAAAUGCCUAAAUCUGAUGUCAAUAAAGAGUACUACACCCAGAACAUGGAGCGAGAGAUAGCCAACUCUGAUGGCACUAGACCAGUGGGUGCACUAGGAAAAGCUACUUCUACCAGUGACAUGCUGUUGAAGCUGGCUCGGACCACUCCUUACUACAAACGUAAUCGUCCUCACAUCUGUUCCUUCUGGGUAAAAGGGGAAUGCAAGAGAGGAGAAGAAUGUCCUUACAGGCAUGAGAAGCCUACAGAUCCAGACGAUCCUCUGGCUGAUCAGAAUAUCAAGGAUCGUUACUAUGGAAUCAAUGAUCCUGUAGCUGAUAAGCUGCUGAAACGAGCAUCGACCAUGCCUCGACUGGACCCUCCUGAUGAUAAGACCAUCACUACGCUGUACGUUGGAGGGCUUGGAGAUACUAUCACUGAAUCAGAUCUCAGAAAUCACUUCUACCAGUUUGGGGAGAUCCGGACGAUAACAGUCGUGCAGAGGCAGCAGUGUGCUUUCAUCCAGUUUGCCACCCGACAAGCUGCAGAAGUGGCUGCUGAGAAAUCCUUCAACAAGCUCAUUGUCAACGGCCGCAGGCUCAAUGUCAAGUGGGGAAGGUCCCAGGCAGCGAGAGGUAAAGAGAAGGACAAGGAAGGUACUACAGAAUCCGGGAUAAAGCUGGAGCCGGUUCCAGGACUUCCCGGAGCCCUCCCACCUCCUCCAGCUGCAGAAGAGGAGGCUUCUGCAAAUUACUUCAAUCUACCUCCUAGUGGCCCUCCAGCUGUGGUUAACAUCGCCCUGCCGCCGCCUCCUGGCAUUGCUCCACCACCACCUCCAGGCUUUGGACCACACAUGUUCCACGCCAUGGGGCCACCGCCUCCCUUCAUGAGAGCCCCAGGCCCCAUUCACUACCCUUCUCAAGAUCCCCAGAGGAUGGGUGCCCACGCAGGAAAGCACAGCAGCCCCUAGCACGUCGUGCCACCCUUGUCAUUUCAGUAAAUGUUAUUUUCUAGUUACCAUGGUAGUGCCGUAUGUUGAGCUGUGGGUGAACUAGAGAAGCCUUAUUUCCCUGCUUGCAGACACUGGGCAAGCUGAGCUCUGUGUCGCUGUUAGCUGAUCAGAUCGUUAAGACAUCACAGAUCUUUCAUGUAGUGUAUGGGGGUGGGGUGGGAGGGGGGCAGAAAGGACUGUCAGGUGGGGAUCAGAUGUAUCAGAAUUACAGUGCUGUUAGUGUAUCCCAUUUGCACACUUUUGAAAUAAACUUCUGGAAAAACCAGAUCGAACCCUAUUCAAGCCCAUUUGGUAUCUUCAGUCUGAACAUUAUGGACUGUUUAAAUGUGAUGAGAGACUUCUCUACGUCAAUUAAGUAAUGACUUGUUAUUCUAAUUAGGUAUUAAUCUUGUACUAUUAAGCCAGGACAGAAUAAGAGCUGAAAAACAAGCUUAUCACAUGUGCCAAACUCAUGGCUUUGCCUGACAAGUGCCACAGAAUUUCUCCUUUUUUUUUGACUUAAAAAAAAAAAAAGAAAGAAAGAAGCUUUUGGUGCUUUAUUUCUAACCCUACCUUGAGCAAGAUGAGCAGCAGGCAGCCAGCUGGUAGUGCAGGCGUGGCCUGGAGUGACAGGUGAGCAGUUUUAACCUAAUGAAGGUCCCCAGAGGUUGGGCUUCUGCACCCCCUGCAGCUGUCAGCAGCAAAGUACAGCUGCAAACUUGUCCUGUGUAUUUUCAGAGCAUGUUUCAGGCUUUCAAGGGUUUUGAUGCAGACUUGAACCUGUGAGAUGCAUACAGUAUGUUUCUGAUUUGAUAAGACGUGAAACCUUUCUGUUGUUUGCCUCCACCCAUAGCAUUUGUCUAGGAGCAGCUGUGUCUUCCAUAGAGCCUGCAGUUGAAUAAGAUGUAUGGGCACAGGGCUAGAGAAUUUUAAGAUGAUAUGUAUGUCUGCUGCUUGUAAUGGAUCUGUGGGCAUUUCUCUGUAAAGCAAAACACAGUGGGACCUCUUCUGAAGCCUCAUUUGCUUGUUUAAAAAAAAAAAUACAUUAAAAUAUGUGAAUUUUUCAGUA